UGAAAGUCUGCAAGGUCGCCUCCGUUUUUCUUCGAUCCAUAGCAAACGUAGUGGAUACAACAGGAGCUCUUCAUCCAAACCCACUCACAAUGGAGGAGAACAGAUCGAGGAUCAGAGAGUCGGUCAGCAGAUGCUACGACGAAGGGGUUUGUCCAGACGACUUGCACCUGGGAGAAGUGGUGGAGGAUGAAGGGGGCAAGCGGUUCGUGGUGAACGAGUUGGUCAAUGAGGUUAAAGACCAAUGGCUGAAAGAGAGAUCCGUAAUAGUGGUGUUCCAAGGGGAGGCACGGUCCUUAGCCAGAUCAGUAAAAGAGGACCUGAUCCGUGCAUACGAGGAUGGGUGGACAACAAGAAGACUCUUUCACCCAGACACGAGGCGAGGUAGAGUCAAGUUCGAAGGGGCCAACGUAGCCUCCUACGUUGCUAAGGCGAAGGAGAUCGCAGAAUGGCUUCUACAGGAGGGAGAACUGAAAAUUAAGCUUGGUUCGAAGGAAUACCAGGUGCUAUUCAAACCAAGACUGUCGUCACAAGAGUUGCAAGAGGCGAGAUUGCAGGAAGCGAAAACCAGAUUCUGGAUCAUGGCGCUAAGAGUUCCACUGGAUGCGUAUUAUUACCUGAAGAGCGCCAUGAGGGGUAUGUUCAGAGAAGUUGUGGAGAUGCAUAAUCCAGAGUAUGACAAGGACAGGCCCAAGCUCAUGAAUGUUAAAUUUGAUAUGCCGCCGAAAGCCAGAGAGCGCAUCGAUGAUGACCUGGUGAUUGAGUCACCCAAAGGCGAACGUUGGAGAGUGGACAUUGUAUCCCCUUACACCGACUGGUGCCGUUGGUAUACGGAAGGCUUCCCGCUGCUCCCCUCAGAGGAGGUGGACCACUCUCCCACUCCCGCAAAAAUUCUUGAGGUAACCAGAAGACUCUAUGGAACACAUGUGCCUGUUCGGCUGAUCCCUCACUUCACGAUGGCGAGCAUAAUGUGCAAAACUGUACAGGGGUACAGGAAGAUUUACUUCCCGCUGUUGGAUGCUCGCAUACCUCUGGAAUCGGUGAACUUGUUAUCACAGGGGGGGAUCCGCUGGUUCCACACAGACGUGAUACGGGAAAGAAACGCACAAGAGCUGGAGCUCAUCAAAAUCUUGUCUGGGAUCUCCGCCAUGGGACUGCUGAAGGUCAACGAAAAGCUCCUGAUGGAAGAGAAUUUCCAUUCUAGUUACCUGGUAUGGGCCCCAGCCCGGGGGACCAGAGGUGGGGUGGCGAUCCUGCUGCACAGGGACCUUCAGGCCAGAGUGGUGGACUCGGAGGCAGACCUGUGGGGAAGGUGGGCGUGGCUGAAGGUGGAAGUGGCGAACGAGGAGUGGGUGUUUAUGACCGUGUACGCCCCGAACGGAGUAGGGGAGAGAACCAGGUUUCUAGCAAGGUUAAUGCAGCACAUUCCAAAGACAGAGAAUUUGCUGUUGGGCGGUGACUGGAACCUCUCGCUGGACGAAGCCAUGAGAGUGGAUUCGCCGCAAGCGGACAGGAGUGACGUCCAAGCCCUGAUGGGACUAUGCACCGAGUUGGCACUUGUGGACCCGUUUCCAGCAUUGAACCAAGCGGAUCCUGGGUACACUUGGUACUCGCACCUACACAGGGAUGGUCGCCAUAUCAUCAGGAGGAGAUUAGAUUAUUUUCUAACAGGGGAACAUCUGCAGAACCAGGUAACAACAGUCCGUACAGUCUGCCACCCACUAUCGGAUCAUAAGCCAGUGGUAGCAGACAUCAGGCUAAUCCUAAGUGCAACUAGAGGGCGCGGUUUCUUCCGUCUAAACAGUCAGGUGUUGGAGGAGCCAGGGGUGGGAGAAUGGGUAACCAAGCAUAUGGAGAGCUGGAACCGAACACAGUCACACUUUGAGACCAAGGCACAAUGGUUGGAUGGUGGGUUAGCAAUCACCUCAGGCAUCCUGGACGUCAUUUCUAGAAUCCUCGCAAGCGAACGGAACAGGAAGGAGGCAGAUUGCAAGAGAAGGGUAGAAGAGGCAGAGGUACGCAUGGAGGACCAUCCUAUAUCGGAAGUAGUAUGGGCCACUGACAGGGAGAAAAGGCUGAAUGAGUGGGACAAGCUGCAAGAAGAGAAGCACAGGAGGUGGUCAGAAAUUUUGAAAGUCAAGGGCAUUGAGACCAGCGACAGAUUAACAAAGGAGAACUUUCAACGUCUGAUGCCACGUCGAACGCAACAUCAAAUGGUGGAGCUAAAGCACCCUUUCAACCGUUCAGCGCCGACUGCUAGUAAUGUUGCAGGCAUGUUGCACUACGCCAAGCUGUACUACAUGGACAUCUUGACCUCUAGAAGUCCCCAACAGAGUGUGAACUUGGAUCUGUCCAGGGUCUCAGACAUGUGGGAGGACACUAUAGUGAGGCUGCAACCCAACGCCAGGCUAGACUUGGAUAGACCGGUCACGAUAGAGGAAGUGAGGCAGACGCUCAAGUCUAUGGCUAAAGGGAAAUCUUCGGGGGCAGACAGACUUACGGUUGAAUUUUAUGCGGCCAACUGGGCGGCGUUCGGUCCUGCACUAGUGGAUCUGUACAACGAGGUCCUAGUGGGAGGAUCCGCCGUCUCGGCUGAGGGCGCGGAAGGUGCGGGAUAUGGCUCGGUGCUUCAGGAUCGGUUAUUGAGGGUCGGAAUGAUGAGGCCGCAACUAGUGCCACGUGUCGCGCGCUCAAAUGCCGCUUCACCAAGCUGCUAUUCUCGGCGAAAGAGAUGCAGUAAGAAAGUAAAGGUUCUUAGGAGUGAUGAUGGAGGUGGAGGAGCUAUUUGCGCCGGAGCCUUUCAAGGUAGCACUUAUCCAAGAGAUUACUUGUUGGGAAAAAAUUGGGUGUAUGGCUGCAAGUGCAACGGAUUGUUUGGAGGAGGGAGAGAGGGACUUGUCAUCGGGGUGGAGAAGCUGGCCACUGAGUCUAUCACUUCUCGGAGGAGGAGAAGGCCCAAGUUGUUGGCAGGAGCUCGUGCAGAUGCCACUGCUGCUGAUAGCCAACAGGGCUAUGGUGUCGAACUGCAAACUCGUCAGGAGGUUGCUGAAGCAACUGUAUUUCAUAUGUACAGACGACCAUUACUAUCACCCGGAACCACUGCAACGUUGCUCCACCAGGUCCAGAAGAAAGUCUCAGGGGAAAUUGAAGCAAUUGAGACAGAACAGUGCUUCAACAUCGCGGUCGAUGAGCCACUGGACGAUCGAGCAAUGGAGAAGCUACGGUGGCUGCUGAGGGAGACAUAUGAGCAGGAUAUGCUGACUGAUGAAAGUGGACUCGCAUGGCCAAGUUCAGGUGGGAGAGCCUCUGCAGUGGUGGAAGUUGGACCGCGUCUGUCCUUCACAACUGCUUGGUCAACAAAUGCAGUGUCUAUAUGCAGAGCAUGUGGUUUGUCUUCAGUGACUCGUCUGGAGCGGUCGCGGCGGUAUAAGCUGAUCAUGACCCCAGGCUCAGCCCCUCCCUCGACAGAAAUGCAGAUCAAGUUCGCAUCAAUGGUUCAUGACAGAAUGACGGAGUGCAUCUAUCCAAGCCGCCUGACGAGUUUUGUGACUGAUGUCACACCAGCUCCAGUUGUCCGCAUUCCUAUUCUUGAGGAGGGAGAGGCGGCACUGCGGGCGAUCAACAAGAAGAUGGGUCUCGCAUUUGAUGAAUGGGACAUUCAGUACUACACAAAGCUAUUCAGAGAUGAUAUUAAGAGAAACCCAACAAAUGUUGAGCUGUUUGAUAUCGCCCAGUCCAACAGUGAGCAUAGUCGUCACUGGUUUUUCAAGGCGCAAUUAAAUAUUGAUGGUGAAGCUGUUCCAGAGUCCCUGAUGCAGAUUGUGCAAGCUACGCUCAAGGCGAACCCCAAUAACUCAGUGAUAGGUUUCCAUGACAACUCAAGGUCGAUUGGGAAACAUACUGUGCACUCAAAGCAGGAAGGCGUUUCUGGAGACGUUGGGUCGUCUAAUGUGGACCAAGCGGAGGAGGGCGAAACUGUCACUCGAUCAGUUGGAUCAUCAGAUGACAGCCAGAUGUGCAUGCGUCCUCAAGUCCGACUUUUGCAAUCAAUGGACAUGAGGGAUGGAGAUAUCAAGUGGUUGAUUAGCCGACAUCCAUGCAUUCUACAGAUGUCGGAAAAGGAGAUAGUGUCAAGGAUGAUGUUUCUGAAGGUUACACUGGGUUUAAAUCGGAAAGAUGUGAAUCUUGUCCUUCGGCGUGGCCCUGCAAUGAUUACUGAAUCUCUCGAGGAGUUGGAGUCACGGGUUGUGAACAUGGAACAGCUAGGAGUGGAGAAGUCAGAUUUAUGUAGAGUGGUUGUGGCUUGUCCUUCAAUCAUUGGUGAAUUGAGUUGCUCGCAUGUUCAACAGCGGGUAGAACUGUUACAGACCCUCGGGAUCAAGAAGGGCACACAGCUUUUGCGGAUAAUAACAUCUGCACCAAGGGGAUUCUGCCAGCCGUUGGACAGCGGAUUGUAUGUGCUUGUCCGACUUCUUCAGAAGGCGGGUCUGCAAGACACUGAGAUUGGCAACGUCCUUCUGAAGUGCCCUAGUCUCUUGUCCUAUAGAGUUAAGGAGACCCUGCUCCCGAAGUUGAGAUUCUUGAACUCGAUUGGCAUCCGACCAGGUCCUCAGGGCUUAGGGAGACUUCUUCGACGAUUUCCGUCAGCUCUGACCUGCAGCCUGGAAGAGAAGAUGCGUCCUCUUGCACGGUUUCUUCUGGAGGCAGUGGGUCUGAGAGAAGAUGAAUUAGGAGUUGUCCUUUCAGCCCGUCCAGAGCUGUUCCGUGCCAACCUCAACGGUAGUCUUUUACGAACAGUACGAUUCCUUAGGAAGCAGGGGUUUAAAAAGAUGCAAGUUGCACAGAUGGUGCGGUGGUUCCCUGCACUCCUGCUGUAUCAACCAGUGAUGCUGAAAUCCAAGCUGGAGUACUUGAGAAACGAAAUGGAAGGAUCGCAGGCUGACUUGGUUGCUUUUCCUAGGUUCUUUAGCUAUAGUUUGGAAGAACGGAUCGUGCCUCGACAUUUGGAGCUCCGACGAAUAGGAUUGUUUCCCCCACGGUCUCUGAAAUGGAUGCUUGCGUGCUCAGAUGACAUGUUCAUGUCCAGAGUUCAUGCUGCAGAGGAGGAAAGGGUGCUUUGUGGAUAUGGAUAUGAUAAAGACAGAGCUGUGGAGAGCUACCUCAGCGCUGAAGAAGUUUUGUGUUUAGCCAAUGGCCGUGGCCAACCUCCGGGUCAGCCUUCACCAGUGGCACCUGUUCAGAGGGACUUGGAUAUUCUGUUCACAGCGGAAACUCACAACUUUCCUUGUGCGGUUGCACCUUUCCCAGGAGCAGAAACCGGUGCUGGCGGGCGUAUUCGUGAUACUCAUGCUACUGGAGUUGGCUCCCUUAUCGUGGCUGGUACGGCAGGCUAUUGCGUUGGAAAUUUGCAGCUUGAUGGAAACACGUUUCCGUGGGAAGACCAAGGUUUUGUCUACCCGCCGAAUCUUGCUUCACCACUUCAGAUUCUGAUUGAUGCUAGCGAUGGUGCAUCUGAUUAUGGAAACAAGUUCGGGGAACCACUGAUUCAGGGUUACACACGAACAUUCGGAAUGCGUCUGCCAAAUGGAGAAAGGAGGGAGUGGCUGAAACCAAUCAUGUUCAGUGGUGCUAUUGGGCAGAUUGAUGAUAAUCAUCUGGAGAAGGAACAGCCUGAGAUUGGAAUGCUCGUAGUCAAGGUUGGCGGACCCGCGUACCGCAUUGGAAUGGGAGGUGGAGCAGCUUCCAGUAUGGUUAGUGGAGACAAUGAUGCUGAGUUGGAUUUCAAUGCAGUUCAAAGAGGCGAUGCAGAAAUGGCGCAGAAGCUGUAUAGAGUGGUUCGAACCUGUGUAGAAAUGGGUGACAAGAACCCAAUCGUCAGCAUACACGAUCAGGGUGCAGGCGGCAACUGCAAUGUGGUGAAAGAGAUCAUUUACCCGAAGGGUGCGGAAAUUGAUAUCCGGUCGAUUGUCGUUGGCGAUGAUACGAUGUCUGUGCUGGAGAUCUGGGGUGCGGAGUACCAAGAACAGGAUGCCUUACUGGUGAAGCCAGAGAGUGAAGAACUGAUGAGAAGGAUCUGCGCAAGGGAGAGAGUAUCUAUGGCUGUCAUAGGCACAAUCAGUGGCGAUGGCAAAGUUGUUCUCGUCGACAAGUGGGCCGAAGAGGAAGCUCAAGACAAAGGUCUUCCGGAGUCCCUUCCUGUUGUUGACCUCGAUCUUGAGAAGACCCAUCUCGGAAUAACAGGUGGAGCCUGUGCCAUCGGAGAGCAGCCUUUGAAGGGCCUUGUUGAUCCAAAAGCUAUGGCAAGAAUGGGCCUUGGCGAGGCUCUCACCAAUCUCGUGUGGGCAAAGGUAACGGCAUUGAGAGACGUGAAAGCAAGCGGCAACUGGAUGUAUGCAGCCAAGAUGGAUGGUGAAGGAGCGGCCAUGUAUGAUGCUGCGGUUGCUCUUCGUGAUGCAAUGAUUGAACUUGAAGUUGCGAUUGAUGGAGGCAAAGACAGCCUUUCGAUGGCAGCACAGGCUGGUGGAGAGACUGUGAAAGCGCCCGGAAAUCUUGUCAUUAGUGCAUACGUCACUUGUCCAGACAUCACGAAGACAGUUACCCCAGAUCUCAAGCUGGGUGAUGCAGGCACAAUUCUGUUCGUUGACCUUGCUCAAGGGAAGCGGAGGCUGGGUGGUUCAGCAUUAGCUCAAGUUUACAGCCAGGUUGGGAACGACUCUCCAGAUCUGGAGGAUACAGGACUUCUGCGAAACGCGUUCGAGACUGUGCAGAGCCUCAUUGAUGAGGGGAGUAUAUCAGCAGGACAUGAUAUAAGCGAUGGAGGGAUCGCAGUUGCACUGCUUGAGAUGGCGUUCGCAGGGAAUUGCGGAAUUGCUGUAAAUCUCCCAUCAACUACAUCGAAUCCCAGCAAGAAUGAUGUUCUCGCUGCUCUAUUUGCUGAAGAGCUUGGCCUUGUCAUAGAGGUUGACAGGAGCAAGGAGGACACCGUGCUUGCUCGUUUCAACGAGGCCGGUGUGCCAUGCACACGGAUCGGACAUGUUUCCUCUCACCCGACAAUCUCCGUGUCUAUUGAUGGCGUGGAGCAAAUCGAGGGCAAGACGGCAACCUUGAGAGAUAUUUGGGAAGAGACGAGCUUUUCCCUGGAAAGUUUGCAGAGAGCUGAGGAGUGUGUGAGGCAGGAGCGGAACUCGUUGAGGCAUCGCAAGGCCCCGGCCUGGGAGUUAUCAUUCGCACCAGAGUGGACACCAACGGACGCGAUGGAGAGCUCAAAAAAACCGAAAGUGGCGGUGGUGAGAGAAGAAGGGAGCAAUGGAGACCGGGAAAUGGCCGCUGCUUUAUACAUGGCGGGACUUGAACCGUGGGACGUAAUGAUGUCUGACCUGCUCAGCGGGGCUACCUCUCUUGACUCUUUCCAGGGACUGGUUUUCGUCGGAGGAUUUAGCUAUGCCGAUGUUCUGGACUCUGCGAAAGGUUGGGCUGGCACAAUUCGAUUCAACCCGAGUCUGUUGGAGCAGUUUCAAAACUUCUACAACAGGAAAGACACGUUCAGCCUCGGAGUAUGUAAUGGUUGUCAACUUAUGGCCCUCUUAGGAUGGGUUCCUGGACAUGAUUUGGUUGGAUUAGGAAGGGACGAAGUGCAACCGCGUUUUGUCCACAAUGAAUCUGGGCGGUUUGAGAGCCGGUUCUCCACGGUGCAGAUUGGGAAGUCACCCUCGAUUAUGCUUCAGGGCAUGGAGGGGAGCACGCUGGGCAUCUGGGUUGCCCAUGGUGAGGGCCGUGCAUUGUUUCCAGACAAGCAGGUUCUGAACAGAGUGCUGGAGAGCGGUUUGGCACCCGUCCGGUAUAGCGAUGAUGAUGGAAAUGCAACGGAAGCAUACCCCUUCAAUCCCAACGGUUCGCCGGAAGGUAUCGCCGCACUUUGUUCAGCUGAUGGCCGCCAUCUGGCAAUCAUGCCGCACCCUGAGCGGUGUUUCAUGAUGUGGCAGUUCCCCUGGUCACCGCCGUCUUGGGAAGGGAAACUCCAAAAGGCCGGCCCGAGCCCUUGGUUAAGGAUGUUCCAGAAUGCACGGAAGUGGUGCGAAGGCCACUGACUCCACUGACUCUCUUUUCGAUUCUCCCACAAGGUGUGGAACUUGCAGUGCAUCCACAAUGGCCACACAGCAACACUGUGAUGGUAGCUGCUACGCUAGAUAUUUUGUUGCGGUGUCGCCAUUGCUCAAGUAAUCCUUUGCAUGGUUGAGAAUGAAGGUAUGUGGCAACAAGGCAAGUGUAUCCUUCCCUCCCCCCCCCCCCCCCCCCCCCCCCCCCCCCCCCCCCCCCCCCCCCCCCCCCCCCCCCCCCCCCCCCCCCCCCCCCCCCCCCCCCCCCCUCCUCCAAUCUCCUAGUUUCCACUCCAUCUGGCGAACCCCCUGUCCUCGUUGCCGGCAAGCAUUCACAACUUUUCUCAAUUGAAUGCUAGAGAGAGUAGUCGUAAGCUGUGAAGAUUACUAAGUUCCCCUUUGUUUGGAAAGGGUGUGAAAUGUUAGAACUCAGGUAUUGAGGCUUUUCAUUCCAAUUUGCUGCUUUGUCAAUCUCUCCCACUUAUUACCACUUAUUAAUCACUCGAGAACAUUUCUAGUAGAACAGUUCUCAACUUGCCGGCAGUAGGGCAGUAGGGCGUCAAUGUUUGGUUACAGGAACUUCGUUAGCAAAUGAGUGUACUGUUGGCCCUCAGGUUUCGGUGAUAUGUUGAUCGUCGAUUUGCCAUUUGCCUCAGUAAUUAACUAUCAGUUAGGAUGCCUGCCAGUUUCUACUUCCUGCCUCCAAUCAGUCUGUAAAGUCCGUUUACCCGAGAUCCUCAAGUCAAUUUACCUGAGACCCUCACGUGCCCACCCCACCCCUUCCCAAAAGAGAGUAUAGCGUGAUUAGGAGAUUUUCUGUUCCAAAUGAUGAUGUUGAAGCUUUUAUGAUGAAGGUGGAGGCUCUGGAGCUUUCAUCAAAUGAAUCCAGAGCUAUGCUCCACUUGCUUAGCAGAUGUUUUUGUAGCUAGAGAGAGAGAGAGAGAGAGAGAGAGAGAGAGAGAGAGAGAGAGAGAGAGACAGACAGACAGACAGACAGACAGAUAGACAGGCAGACAGACAGACAGACAGACACACAGAUACACAGACACAGACACACAGACACACAGACACACAGACAGACACAGACACAGACACACAGACACACAGACACACAGACACACAGACAGACACACAGACAGACAGACAGACAGACAGACAGACAGACCAGCAUAUUCUUGGAAGUAGACGGAGAUGUUUCAAUAGAAGAUGUGAUGCUUCCUUUAUCAUCAAAAAUGAUGUUUUUUUGACACAUCAUUUGGCAACUUACAGUGACGAAAAGUUGCGAUUUCGUUUCAGUUUUUCGCAGUCAAGUGUGGGUCAACAGCGCUGUGAGGGGUUUACCCAUUUCCUGCUUCAUUUGCCUGUUUUGCAUAUUGGCUUGUCUGGAGCAUGCUUUUGUACAUCUCCGCCCCGCAUCUGCUUGUUGCAUGGACAAGUGUUGGUUGGACAUCAGCAGCAGCGGGCAGUCUUCCCCCGAAGACAACGUACAGUCCUUGUAGCUGAAUUUGGUGCAUCUUUCUGUCCAAACUCAGCUAGAAUGACCGUACGUUGUAUUCGGGGGAGGACUGUAGGCAUGAAGACUGGUAACUGUGUACAGGAUGUGCAAUGAGCAGUUGUAGUACAGUCGUCGGUGGUAAAGCAAUGAUUUUGGCAAAUGCUCACAGGCAAACAGGGUUGUCCAAUACUCCUUUAGUCUAGCAACUGUGAAUGUG